AUGGUUGAGAAAGAAGAACAAAAAAGAGCUGAACGUGUCUCAAAAGAACGUCUUAGUGCAUUGAAAAAUGAUGAUGAAGAGGCUUACUUGAAACUUAUUGACGAGGCUAAAGACACCAGAAUCACCCAUUUGUUAAAACAAACUGAUUCUUACCUUGAUUCUUUAGCUCAGGCUGUUGUCGCACAACAAAAUGAUGAUUCACACAACGAUCCAUCUGAUGGAAAAAAAAUAGAUUAUUAUCAAGUUGCACAUCAAAUAAGGGACGAAGUUAUACAACCCUCUCUUAGGAUAGCAGGUACACUCAAAGAGUAUCAGAUCAAAGGACUACAAUGGAUGGUUUCUUUGUACAAUAAUAGGUUAAAUGGUCUACUUGCAGAUGAAAUGGGUCUUGGAAAAACUAUUCAAACGAUAUCUUUAAUUACAUAUCUUAUUGAAAUGAAAAGGCAGAAUGGCCCAUUCUUAAUCGUAGUUCCAUUAUCCACAUUAACAAAUUGGACAAUGGAAUUUGAAAAAUGGGCGCCAUCAGUUAUGAAAUGUGUUUAUAAAGGAACUCCGUCAGUACGCAAAGAACUGCAACGCCGAUAUAUUAAACACAUUAACUUUCAAGUUUUGCUUACAACUUAUGAAUAUAUAAUUAAGGAUAAAUCUGUUUUAAGUAAAAUCAGAUGGGAUAAAAUAGCCUUGAAUGAAGAAGAAUCGUUACUUAUAAUUAGACGUUUACAUAAAGUUUUAAGACCAUUCCUUUUACGUAGACUAAAAAAGGAUGUAGAAUCGGAAUUACCUGAUAAAGUUGAAAGGGUAAUCAAGUGUAAAUUAUCGAGUUUACAACUUAAGCUGUACAAUCAAAUGAAAAAACUUGGUGUUUUGUUUGUUAAUAAUGGUGAAAAAGGAAAAACUGGUAUCAAGGGAUUAAACAAUACUAUAAUGCAGUUACGUAAGAUUUGUAACCAUCCAUUUGUUUUUGAAGAAGUCGAAGGAGAUUUCAAAUCAAAUUUUAGCAACGAACUUUUAUAUCGUGUUUCUGGCAAGUUUGAGCUACUAGAUAGAAUUCUUCCAAAAUUUUCUUGUACUAAUCAUAGAGUAUAUUUUUUAAAUUGGCGUGGUUAUAGACAUUUACGUUUGGAUGGUACAACAAAGGCUGAAGAUCGAUCCGAAUUAUUAAAGCAAUUUAAUGCACCAGAUUCACCUUAUUUUAUAUUUUUAUUGAUACAAGUGUUAAGACUUAUAUCACAAAAAUCUAUUGAAGAAACUAUUCUUGCAAGAGCUCAAUAUAAGCUUGAUAUCGAUGGUAAAGUGAUUCAGGCUGGUAAAUUUGACAAUAAAAGUACAGCAGAAGAACGUGAGGCCUACCUGCUUGAAAGGUUUAAAAAUAUGGAUAUUGAAAGGGAUCAAAAAGAAGAAGCUGAAUGGCGUAUGAAAGGUGGUAAGGGCAGGAGGCCUGGAAGAUUGAUAGAGGAAAGUGAAUUGCCGUCUAUAUACACAAAAGAUUAUGAAACGGUUAUAAAUUAUGAUGAUUCAAAUGUCGAAUAUGGUCGUGGUCAAAGAGUCAGAGGAAAUAUUCAUUAUGAUGAUGGAUUAACAGAAGAACAGUGGGUGAAUGCACUUGAAGAUGAGGAUAUUGAACUUGAAGAACUGAUUGUUAAGAAACAAGCGGCCAAAAGACGACGAUUAGAAAAAAAAUACAAGAAAGCAACGGUUCAACAAGGAUCAUCACAACAAGGAUCAUCACAACAAGGAUCAUCACAACAAGGAUCAUCACAACAAGGAUCAUCGCAACAAGAGUCGUCUCAACAACCUAAUGUGUAUUCAAAUGAUGUGAAUAUUAAUAGCACGAAUGGUAAGAAAAAACGGGGAAGACCACGUAAAGAUGCACAGAAAAUUUUAGACGGUAACAAUAAUAAUUCUGGAUUAACACCAAAACCAUCCAAAAAGAAAGGCAAGACAAAAAGAGAAUUUGAUAGUUAUGAUGAGAAAACAAUCAAUGAAUCAUAUCAAGAUCAAUCUAAAAAAAAGAGAAAAAUAUCUAAAAGUAAUAGUGUUGAUGUUGUUGAAGUUGACGACGUUCCACCACAGAUUCGAGAAAAGAUGAGAAAUAUUUUUAUGGAAUGUUAUUCAGUGGUGGAAAAUUUGAUGGACGAAUCAGAUGGUGAACCACGUCAGCGAGCAUAUCUCUUUCUCACACUUCCAAAAAUAAAAGAUUAUCCAUUAUACUUCCAAAUCAUAAAAAAUCCUAUAGCUAUGGAUACCAUAAAAAAAAGAAUAAAAGGAGUUUAUUAUAAAACAAUAAAACAAUGUAAAGAAGAUUGGUAUCUAAUGUUUAAUAAUGCUAAAACUUUUAAUGAAGAAGGAUCACAAAUUUACAAUGAUGCUAAUAAGAUGCAGGAGGUGCUUGAUAAAAAAUUUGAAGAGCUUUGCCCAGGUGGUGAAUUAUCAAAUACUUCUACUGAAGAUAAGAAUAUAAUAAGUUGA